AUGUCGGCAGCCACAACAGCAAUCCCUACGACUCAGGCUGCCAUCCUCCAGCAGGGCGGUGGCAAGCUUGCCGUCGUGUACGAUGCCCCAGUCCCGAAGACCCUACCGGGCUGGCUUCUGGUUCGCAACAUUGCCGUGUCUCUCAACCCCUGCGACUUUAAGAUGGCCGCUCGGUUUCCAACGUCGGGACUCAAGGACGGCGUGGACUUCGCCGGCACGGUUGUAGCCGUCGGCGACAGAGUUGCGGGCUUUUCCGUCGGCGACCGCGUCUUUGGAUGUGUCCCCAGCAACAAGCAGGACGAUUCCGAGUCGGGCUCCUUCAGCGAGUACAUCAAGGUCGAGGCCAUCUACACGCUCCGGAUCCCCCCCACCAUGGCUUUCGAGACGGCCAUGGCACUCAACCCUGCGUGUAUCUGCACCGUCGCCCUCGCUCUCCACCAGAGCUUGGGGCUCCCUGCGACGCCAGACGAAGCAGCAGAGCUGAGCGCCAAGACGACAGACACGGUAUUAGUCUACGGGGGCAGUAGCUCGGUCGGGCUGCUGGCUAUUCAGAUACUGAAGCUACUGGGACAUCAUGUCGUCACGACGUGCUCCCCUCACAACUUCCAGCUGGUCAAGCAGUACGGAGCCGACGCCGUAUUCGACUACCGCUCAAAGACCUGCGCGGCGGACAUUCGGGCAUAUACCAAGAACAAACUCCGACGGGUGAUCGACCCCUUUGGCGAGGCCGCAACGACGUCGCUGUGCUACGAGGCGAUUGGCCGCGCGGGAGGCAUUUACUGCUCUCUCGAGACGUACCAGCUGUCACUAUGCACGCGCCGCACCGUCAAGCACAGCUUGGUCAUGGGACCUGCCAUCCUCGGGAGGGGCGUGCUGCUGCCGGAGCCCUACGGGGUUCCGCCGGAUCCGGAGCUCCACGAAUGGUCGAAGCGGUUUUUCCGCAGCCUCCAGGGGCUCAUCGACGAGAACAAGAUCAAGCCUCUACCCAUGGAGGAGCUACAGCCGGGAGGGCUCGAGACUGUCAUUACGGGGCUCGAAAUUCUCAAGUCGAAGCAGGUGUCGGGAAAGAAGCUUGUGGUGCGGGUAGCGCGGCAGUAG